GUGGGACGAUGGAGCAGCACCACAAACAGGGGAUGAAACACGGGCUGGACGAUGCUCUCGGGGCUUGGGAGGGCAGUGUAAUGCCAGGGACGAGGAUCUGCAUGCCAAAAUAUCCCUCCGGAGCUUUAGAUACAGCAGGCUUGAAAACUUUAUCUCAGGGUUUGAAAGUAAUUGGGGGGGGGGAGGUUAAGUGAGCGCGUUUAACGGCAGCUCCAAAAAGCUUUCAGCACCUGAACUGAAAACAAAGAGGGGUCUGUUCCUCUGCCCGGCGUCCCCGCAGCACCAGCAUUCCCUCUAGCAUGAAGGAUUCGGGAAAUUCAGCCGCAUCUGCUGCCAGGGAGAGUCUUCAAGCCAUGCUGGUUGUGUGCUCAAGGAACACCGGGUACGAUCCUCGCAUACAGAGUCUGAAGACGUUCAUGUGGAGUGACACAGAAGCGGUGGGGCACUGAUGGUCAGAGGACAUGCACCGGCCUUCAGCGGGAGACCGCUGCGGAGAGAAAAUCAAGCUUUACCAAGGAAUCUCUGUCAUCAGAAAAUACAAAAUUGAUUUCACCGAUACUUAUUUCGCAGAUGAUUGAUGAGGAUAAAUCAAAAGAAAAUCGGCCCGCUUUGCCUAUGCAGUCCACGAUCCCCCAGCCCAGUGCUUAUCACACCAAGCAAUCUUUGGCUAACCGUGGCUCAGUGAACAUUAGUAGAGCAUUUACGGUUCUUCCCAGCAGAUUAGAAAUUCAAGCUUCUUUAGAUGACGCCACAUCUCCAUCGGACUCUCCCAUCACAGAAGGAAAACAGUGUCAAAACCAGCAGAAAGGGUUUGCCUCCAUAACUGUUACAGCCAGGCGUGUUGCUGCAGGCUCUGGUGACCCAGCACGUGGAGCUGGGGCUGUGCAAGAGCCCAACGCCGUGUCAACCACCUCCAGCAAAAUCCCUGCUGCCCUCCAACGCUGGCUUCCGCCCGGCCUUCCAAACCAAAAUGUCUCUCCAUUAAAGAUUUCUGAACCUUGCUCACAAUUAGGUGAAGAGUCACGAAAGUGGAUUUUUGACCCUGGCGACAAGGAGAAUGGCGUGGAUCUUCAAAGCAGGGAUGGGAGAAAGAAAGUACCACCUUCAUUCGUCUCAUGUGUCCACCUUCAGGUUUCUCAGCAGUGUCCAAAUACCAUCUAUUAUUUAGACAAGUCGCUCAAUGUGUGCUUUGACCAACCUCGGAUUAAAUGCCAAAAAAUUCACCGAUCAGUGUUGUCCUUCAAUAUAAAUUGCAGUUCGUCUAGAUUAACAGCAGAUGGAGUAGAUGGCAUAGCUAAUGGAGAGCCAAUAGAGGAGAUACUUAAGACAAAGCUCCUAGGAGAAAACAAGACUCCACUCAGAUCAAACUGGAGUGCAGACUUAACAGAAAAGAAUGUAAUUAAUAGAGAGACAACAAAUGAAGGCUAUUUGGGUAGUACAUACCCUUUACAAAGUGUCUUUGUCUCUGAACUUCCAGCAUUUGUGGAUAUACCCAGAGGACCUAAUAACGUAGUAACAACAAAGGAAGAGGACGAUAAGCAAUCUGGCAGCUCUCAUGCUACAUUUUCUCUCCAGCUUCCUAAUUCAAGGGAUGAGGCAGGAACACAAAUGCUGUCAGGAAGCAAGAAGCAGCAAUGCACCGCGGGCAGGAGCAGCGCGACAGCGUCUGGCUCCAUUCCAGAUACAGCUCACAGAAAGGCAAUUGCUGCGGCUACUGACGGCCCAUCGGAAAAGAGAGACCCCUCCGAGGGCACCUCCAAAUCCAAAGAGAUCCAAGCGCGGGGCGUCCUGAAGCCAAAAAACUCUGUCUCCCGCAGUAUGUGCAAUAUAAAAGCUUCGUCAAGAAUCCUCUGGGAAGAAAACGUUCACAGGCAAAACCAGCUCCUAAAAAGUGAUUAUGAAUUCUGUGGUUCAAGUGACAAAAGAAAGGAGCGCAAGGAGGAGGGCGAGCGGGAGGGAGCCAGCAGGGUAACACUAUCCGCCGCUCGCUCGCCAGAUGUUGCUCGUGAGAAAAACGACGCGCUCACCCGGCCAGAAACCGGCUCCCAGGCCGAGAAAACGCCACCAGCCCCAUGGACGCUGCGGGAAGCACUAGAAAUCCAUAAGCCUCAGUUCAUCUCUCGUUCCCAAGAAAGGCUGAAGAGGCUUGAGCACAUGGUCCAGCUGAGGAAAGCCCAGCAGAGCGAUGCUCCUGCAGGCAACCAAGGAGCCCUCGUUCGCAAGCUUUCCUCAACAUCCACUUCAAGCAAAAAAAAGCAAUACACCAUUCCUCACCCUCUCAGUGAUAACCUCUUCAAACCAAAGGAAAGAUUCAUUCCAGAGAAGGAGAUGCAUAUGAGAUCAAAAAGGAUUUAUGACAAUUUACCAGAAGUAAAAAAGAAACAAGAAGAAAAACAGAAACGGAUUAUCAUCCAGAGUAACAGACUGCGUGUUGAGAUCUUUAAAAAGCAAUUACUGGACCAGCUCCUUCAAAGAAACACGGAAUGACAAAGGAUUCUCUUGCCCACCAUCCUAACUGGAUCUUGAAUGCCUUUGACUGCUAUAUUAGCCAUAAAAUUUACUGUUAUCUCAAUUACUUGGAGGUACUUUUCUUAUCUUUGGCUCUUUAUAUAAAGAAAGAUCAUAUAUAUUUCAAAUGAAAUUUUAGGGCAACUUUCGAGUCAUCAAAAACAGUCUAAAAGGGACGCAGCUGUUUCAGAGCAUCACCUUUUGGUCAGUUUACCCAGAGGAAAUAAUUUUAAGAAUUUUUAAUGCAAAUACUGAAUUACAGUGGUAUUAUUUAUCUUAGUCUUUUAAAAAGUAUACGUCUCUGUAGCAAUAGAACUGGGUUUAUAAGAUCUGGAAAACUUAUUUCUCUGAAGUAUUCUAUUAAUUGAUUUCCUGUGAGUUAAAUCCUUGAAGUAAAGAAAAAUGAAUAUCAUUAUUUGUUAUGUUUAGAAACUAGCUGAAAUAGCAUUACCACGUAAUCAUAGCAGCAGCAGUUUCACAUUAAUACUUAACAUACCAAAAGGGACCAAUAUUUUAGCUCUCUGAAGAACUCUAUUCCUGUUUAUAUAGUGAAUCUACAUAGCAAGCUUACCUGUUAAAGAGCAAUAUUUAAAAAUUUGAUUAUAACGCUGUUUUUCGUGUUUUUCAUUGCAAUAUAUAUUUUACUCCACUUCUGUGAGCAUUAAGCAUUUAUAGAAACGGCAUAUUAAGAAGUGGUGCCAAGACGUAUGUUUGCAUCAAAACUGCAGAACUAAAACCAUCUGUAAUGCUUCCUCCAAAAAUAUUUAAAUCUUUAUUUGUACAUUUUGGAAGUAAAAACAACCAGCUUACAAACCAAUGGAGUUUAUUUAUGGAAUAAAAUAUGAAUAUAAUAUUGAUCCAA